CAGCAGCCACACCGUUCACAGGCAGCAGCAGCAGCGGCAGCACACACCGGAUAUUCAUCUCAUUAAAAACGCUCUCACGGCUGGAAGCGGCGAGUGAAGAAGGACUCUUUCCUGGCUCGGUUAUCCCUCCCCAUCCCACCUCUCUGAUUUGGGUCGUCGUUGCUCUUCUCCCCUCAUUUUUAUUUUUUAUUUUUGUACAUUUUCCCCCCUGUGACAGUUUGUCCGUGGCGCACUCAGGUUUCUUUUGCUGACAUGGUAGAUUAUCACGCUGCCAAUAACCAGCCGUCCACCGGCGGGGCGCUGAGCUACAUGGAGCAGGAGAACGACUGGGACCGAGACCUGCUGCUGGACCCGGCCUGGGAGAAGCAGCAGAGGAAGACAUUCACGGCGUGGUGCAACUCCCACCUGCGGAAAGCCGGCACGCAGAUCGAAAACAUCGAAGAGGACUUCAGGGAUGGGCUCAAACUCAUGCUGCUGCUCGAGGUCAUCUCUGGCGAACGGUUACCCAAACCUGAGCGAGGCAAGAUGAGAGUCCACAAAAUCAACAAUGUAAACAAAGCCCUGGACUUCAUCGCCAGCAAGGGAGUCAAACUGGUGUCCAUUGGAGCAGAGGAAAUCGUGGACGGGAACACCAAGAUGACCCUGGGAAUGAUCUGGACCAUCAUCCUCCGCUUUGCCAUCCAGGACAUCUCUGUAGAAGAGACCUCUGCCAAAGAGGGCCUUCUCUUGUGGUGCCAGAGGAAGACUGCUCCCUACAAGAAUGUCAAUGUGCAGAACUUCCACAUUAGCUGGAAGGACGGCCUCGCCUUCAAUGCUCUGAUCCACAGACAUAGACCUGAUCUCAUCGACUACGACAGCCUCAGAAAGGAUGACCCUGUAACCAAUCUGAACAACGCCUUCGAGGUGGCUGAGAAGCACCUGGACAUCCCCAAGAUGUUGGACGCAGAAGACAUUGUGAACACUGCUCGUCCAGAUGAGAAGGCCAUAAUGACUUAUGUGUCCAGUUUCUACCAUGCCUUCUCUGGAGCACAGAAGGCCGAGACAGCCGCAAAUCGAAUCUGCAAAGUGCUGGCUGUCAACCAGGAGAACGAGCAAAUGAUGGAAGACUACGAGAAACUGGCCAGUGACCUCCUGGAGUGGAUCCGUCGGACCAUCCCCUGGCUGGAGAACCGAACCCAAGAGAAGACUGUAAAUGACAUGCAGGUGAAACAGGAGGACUUCAGAGACUACCGCUGUGUGCACAAACCACCCAAGGUCCAAGAGAAAUGCCAGCUGGAGAUCAGCUUCAACACUCUGCAGACUAAACUGAGACUCAGCAACAGACCUGCCUUCAUGCCAUCAGAAGGACGCAUGGUGUCGGACAUCAACAAGGCAUGGCAUAAUCUGGAGGGAGCAGAAAAAGGCUACGAGGAAUGGCUCCUCAGCGAGAUCAGACGUCUGGAGAGGCUGGAACAUCUGGCUGUGAAGUUCCACCAGAAGUGCGCCAUCCAUGAGUCCUGGACCGAUGGUAAGGAGGCCAUGCUUACCCAGAAAGACUACGAGACGUGCACCCUGUCAGAAGUCAAGGCGCUGCUCCGGAAGCACGAGGCCUUUGAGAGUGACCUGGCAGCCCAUCAGGACAGAGUGGAGCAGAUCGCCGCCAUUGCACAGGAACUCAAUGAACUGGACUACUACGAUGCCGCCAGCGUCAACGCUCGCUGUCAGAAGAUCUGCGAUCAGUGGGACGUCCUGGGAGCCCUCACCCACAAGCGUAAAGAGUCUCUGGAGAGGACAGAGAAGCAGCUGGAGUCGAUAGAUGAGCUUUACCUGGAGUACGCCAAGAGAGCGGCGCCUUUCAACAACUGGAUGGAGGGAGCUAUGGAGGAUCUGCAGGACAUGUUCAUUGUCCACAAUAUUGAGGAGAUCCAGGGUCUGAUCACAGCCCACGAGCAGUUCAAGUCUACCCUGCCGGAGGCCAACAAGGAGCGGGAGGCCAUCCAGUCCAUCCAGGCUGAGGUGCAGAAGAUCGCUCAGAGCAACGGCAUCAAGCUGAGCGGAGGAAACCCGUACACCACCAUCACACCCGAGAGCAUCAACAGCAAGUGGGAACAGGCCAUGGCUAUGGUGCCACAGCGGGACGACGCCCUGCAGGAAGAGCUGAACAAGCAGAACUCCAACGACGAUCUGAGAGCCAAGUUCGCCACUCAGGCCAAUGCGGUCGGCGGCUACAUCCAGGAGAAAAUGGAGGAAAUUGGCAGGAUAUCCAUUGAGAUGAACGGCACCCUGGAGGACCAGCUGACCAACCUGAAGAAGUACCAGAAGAACAUCAUGUCCUACAUGCCUGAAAUUAACAAGCUGGAGGGACACCACCAACAGAUUCAGGAGGCGCUCAUCUUUGACAACCAGUACACUUCCUACACAAUGGAGCACCUCCGGGUGGGCUGGGAGCAGCUGCUGACCACCAUCGCCAGAACCAUCAACGAGGUCGAGAACCAGAUCCUGACGCGUGACGCUAAGGGCAUCAGCCAGGAGCAGCUCUACGAGUACCGUGCCUCCUUCAACCACUUUGACAAGGACCACAGCGGAGCCCUGAUGGCCGAGGAGUUCAAGGCCUGUUUGAUCAGUCUGGGCUACGAUGUGGAGAACGAGAAGACGAAGCGAUCGGGACAGAUGGUGUCAGAUGAUUUCCGGGCUCUACUCAUUUCUACAGGAAACAGCCUGGGCGAAGCAGAAUUUAAUCGCAUCAUGGGCAUCGUGGACCCCAAUGGCAGCGGCGCCGUCACCUUCCAGGCCUUCAUCGACUUCAUGUCCACGGAAACGACUGACAGGGACACCGCGGAUCAGGUCAUCGCCUCCUUCAAGAUCCUGGCUGCUGAUAAGAACUACAUCACAGCCGAUGAGCUGAGGCGGGAGCUCCCUCCAGACCAGGCGGAGUACUGCAUCGCCCGCAUGGCACCCUACACGGGGCCCGACGCUGUCCCCGGAGCCCUCGACUACAUGUCCUUCUCCACCGCCCUGUAUGGAGAGAGCGACCUGUAGAGGAGGAGGGACGACGAAGAAGAGGAGGAGGGCUGGACAGAUGAGGGGAGGGAGGGGAGGAAGGAGGGGAGGUUGGUAGAGGAGACGCCGUGAUUCGAGUGUUGGGAGGAAUUUUGAGUGGUGGUCAUGAGGUGCCCCUGCGUGUGCCGGUUUAGAAAUCGUUAAGAGCUUGUUGAUUGAGCUGUAGAUUCUGGGUUUGGCCUCCAGCUCCACUGUGUUGAUGUUCACGACCAGUAUGUCAUAAAGGUUUAUUUGAACAGGCGUAUCCAGGGGCGGCUGUGGGUCGGGGCACAGUUGCUCUGUAGUGCGGGUCCUUAGCUUCACCCUCUCUGCCUUCAUGGGGUUCAAACAGUGGGAGGGACGGGGGUUAGGAUUGUUUGG